AUGCCAUUGAAGACUUUGGUAACUGAACCACUUAUUCAUUUCGCAAAGUUAUUAGGAAAACAAGGUAAUUUAGAAACUCAUGAAAAUAAUCAAUAUCAUAUCAAAGCUAUUCAAGAUGGACAAAAUUUUAUAAAAAGUUUUAAUAAUCCAAAAACGGAUAUAAUUAACCAACUAGAUAGUCAUCGCCUUAAAAUAGUCAAAGAGAACCGAGAACGAUUAAAACCCAUAAUUAAAACAAUUAUUUUUUUGGGAAAACAAAAUAUACCAAUUCGAGGCCAUAGAGACAAUGGGUCUAUUUUUGAUAACCCUGAUAAACCAUUGGGUAAUGAGGGUAACUUUAGAGAAUUACUUAAAUUUCGUAUGGAAUCUGGUGACUUAUUACUCAAAUCACACUUUGAACAAACUGGAGCAAACGCAACUUACAUUAGCAAAACCACUCAAAAUAAAUUAAUAUUUAUUAUAGGUGAUUUAAUCCUUCAAAAAAUACUGACAGAUGUAAAUAACAGUCCUUUUUUUAGUAUCAUGUUUGACGAAACUACUGAUAUGGCACACAUUUCACAACUUGUAUUAGUUAUUCGGUGUAUCAAAGACAAAAUUAUUCGUGAAGACUUUAUUGGUUUUAUCGAUGUCCAUAAAGAAAAUUUUAAUUCAAAUGACGACGAGCCAAAAAUGAGUGGAACUUUAAUUGGUGAUACAGUUUUAAAUAUUCUUAAAAAGUUUUCACUAAAUCUAGAUAAUUGUAUUGGUAUAUCUACUGAUAGUUGUGCUACAAUGGUUGGUUUAGAACGAGGAGCUGUUACAACUUUACAAAAUGAUUUAAAAUUUGCUGUUAAGUGCCCAUGUUUUAACCAUGCACUAAAUAAUUCUUUGAUAAAAGGAUGUAAAGUACAGAGUAUCCGAAACACAUUUGGAACUAUUUCUGAAGUUGUAGCAUUUUUCAAUUCAUCUGCUAAACGCACUUUUGUUUUGAAUAAAUAUUUGGGACAUUCUUUGCAUUCACUAUGUCAAACUCGAUGGGUAGAAAAACAUGACUCCAUACUUCAGUUUUCUACAUCUUUGGUAAAAAUUGUAAAAUCAUUGGAUAGUAUUUCUGAGUGGUCUGACACUGUAACAUCUUCAAAAGCUCAUAAUCUUUCAAAGUCCUUAACAUGCUGUGAAUUUAUUGUAUCUUUGCAUUCAAUAUCUAAUAUAUUUUCUGUUACUUCACCCAUUAGUCGCUUAUUGCAAUCCAAAAAUCAAGAUAAACUCUCUGCAACUAAUAUCAUACAAAGUGUUUUAUCAACAUUAAAAACAAAACGUCAAAAUAGCAUUGAUGUUUUUGCUGAAAUAUUUGAAAUAUCUAACCGAUUCAGCAAAGAAGUUGUUGAAAUAUUUGAUCUUGAUUUGUUUCUGCCUAAUGUUAUAGUAAAAGUAUUUCUCGACAAAUGUAUUCUUGGCAAUAAAGUACAACAUAUUAUGGACAAAUUUGGAGAAAUUUUAAUUAAACAUUUGUCUUAUUCAAAAGAUAGUAUUAACAUUAAAUUGGCAGGAGAAAUAGAAUUAUGGCAUGAGUUUUGGAUAAAUAAAAAUAAAAUUCAGUCUGGUGAUAUUCCUAAAACAGCUAUUGAUUUACUUGAGUAUUGUGAAGAAUUAUUAUAUCCAUGCAUUUCAAUUUUGAUACAAAUAUUAUCUGUGUUACCCGCAAGCACAUCAUCUGCUGAACGUUGUUUUUCUUCUCUUCGGCGGUUAAAAACAUGGACAAGAACAAGAAUGGGAGAGGACAGAUUAAAUGGUCUUGCUUUAAUUCACACUCAUAAAGAUGUAGAAAUUGAUAUUGAAGAUUCUUUUUUCACACUUAAUGCAACUGAUUACGGUUUGGCCUUUAGAACAAAGUACACAUCGACCAUUUUUUUACAUGUUGAGGAAAAUGGUCAAAAUUGUCAAGACGCGUUAGGUUUGAAUAAAGGUCAAAUAAACAAAUAA